CUGUUUCUCGUAAAUUUCUGAGACUUUUUUCUGAUCACUCUGAUCCUAAAAUGGUGAACACGCGAUCAGCUCAAGCGCCGCAAGCUCAGACGCCGGCAAAGACGCCCGCCAAGACCCCGGCGAAGGCGGCUGCAGCUGCAAAGACCCCUGCAAAGACCCCUGCAAAGACCCCUGCAAAGACGGCGAAGGUGGCCGAGGCGGCUUCUGAGCCUGAGCCGGAGGCGAUGGAGGCAGUUGAAGUGCCUGCUCAGACGCCCAAGGGUGCCAAGACCCCUGCCGCCAAGGCCAACAAGACCCCUGCCAAGACUGCUGCUGCUGCUGCCGCCGUUGAGAUCGCGUCUGCUGCUGGUGCGAACGAAGCGCCGGUCGAGGAAGAGCCCGUCGCAGUCCAACCAAAGACGCCUCGAGGCCGACCCACCAAGGCCGCUGCUGCUGCCGCCGCCGCCGCUGCUGCUGCUGCUGCUUCUGCUGCCCCUGCUCCCAUCGAGAACCAGCCUGAGCCGAUGGCGGUCGAUGAUGAGCCGGUCAAGAGCAAGACGCCAGCCAAAGCCCAAGCAAAGGGCGAUCGCGCACGUGUCGCUCCCGCUACUCCUGUGGCUGCUCCCGCCGCUGCUGCUGCUGUUGCUGUUGAGGCUGCGACUGCCACUGCUGCUGCUACUCAGCCUGCAGAUCAAGCUACAGUCCAGACACCCGCUGCAGCAUCGACCCCAAAGACCGCUCCGCAAAAUCAGGCGGGAACGCCGAAGACGAAAGCAGCCAACACGCCAGCGAAGGCAGCUGCACAGCAACAACCCAAGGCUGCAGCUGCACCAACGGCUGCGAUCGAGCCAGCAGCACCAGCGCCUGUGGCUGCUGCUCCCAAGGCUGCGGCCGCUACUCCCAAGGCUGCUGCUAAGGCUGCUGCUAAGGCUGCCGCUCCAGCCAAAACCCCCGCUGCUGCUGCUGCUGCUGUUGCUCCGAGCACCACUGCCAGCACUGCCACACCGAUGGACGUCGAGGAGCGCAAGUCGCGCGCGUCGCAACUGGCCGCUGAGAUUGCCUCCAACUCGUCGACCAUCGCCUCCCAGUCCGACAAAACCACAUCGAUCGUCGCGGCGCUCGCCAGUGCCACCGGGCUCUCUCGCCGUGAGGCCAAGCACGUUCUCCGAACGCAGCAACUUGCCAUCCGAAAGGCCAACGGCGAGGUUGUGCCAGAGCCCCAGACCAAGACCAAGCCCAAGGCCAAGACUGCUCCCCUGACUGCCAAGAAGCUGGCUGCCAAGCAAGGAAUCGUACUGCCCAAGAUUGUCAAGCAGCCGCAGCAACAACAGCAACAGCAGCAAAAGGCCGCCGCACCUCAGCAGGUUGCACGCGUGACGGUCAAGCGCCACGCCGAAUCCGACGACGGCGAUGUGCUGGUCGACAAGUCGCAAUUCCCCGCCGUCGACAUGCGCGCACUCGCUGCCAUCCCCGACGACCAACCUGCCGCAAACAAGCACGCUGCAAAGAAGGCCCGUCUGGACACGGCCCAGCAAAAGAACAACAACGGCGGUCAACCAGGCCAGGGCAAGAACAAGAACAAGCAAUCCAACAAGCCAGUGACCGUCUCCAAGGGCCCCGUCGACGCGGUCGUCUUGCCUAGCAGUGGCGUGACAAUUCGCCCGCCUGUUGCCAAGGCAGCCGACUUUGUCGAUCGUCGCCUGUUCAAGAAGAACAAGCGCGUCGACUAUUUGGUGUCCAAGCCCACAUCAGGUCCCUCAGCCAAGUUUUCGAGCUAAUGUCCCCAAUCACCGAUGAGUGGCAUGGUCGUGUUGUACAAGACGAAGAGAAUUUUGUUUUUGUUUCCUCUUCGUCCGCGCGUUGAUUGAUUGCUUAGAAUGUUUCGAAUGUUUGUAAUCACGUCGUACAGUACAAAAUCUAGCUCGUGCUUGC